UGUUGCUGAUAGAAUAAGUAAACGUCGUAAAUCGUUGAUAGGAUGACAAUGGAAGCUAUUAUGGAAAAUAUUGAUCUGUAAGAUAACGGAUAAUCUGGUGCGAUUUGGAUACCGUCUUAGGUUGAAGAUGGACAGCUUAAAACUUGUGUCUCUCUUACUUAUAUGUUUAACUGUUGCUGACUGUACCAUUGAAAACCAAAACUUUCAAUAUAAUUUAGUGAAUCAAAUUGAUACUCCAACAUGCAACAUUUCCAGAUUAUCUCAAGAAACACGACUGAAACUCUUGGAUGCAAGUGCCAAAGUACCCUCAGGUCUUCUGGACUCAAACGUCUUUGAUUUUGGCAACUUCGAUGAGUGCUACAACAUCUUCGAACACUUAGACAACGAAGACAUUUACGGUAAAUACUGUUUGGGCACCAUGCAGUUCGACCAACUACCAGAAAUUUUAAACCACUCUUCGAAUUCAAGAAGGAAGAGGAUGGUUGGUGGUUAUUCAAUCCCAGGUUACCACUUUGGUUAUUGUUUACCCAACAGUUGCACCACCAAUGACUUCAAAGCACGUCAUCCAAUAAUGGAGUUUAGUGAAACUUUCUGCUACAGCCAAGCCAAACCACAAAAAUAUGACUCGGGUGACAUAAUAGCUUUGAUGGUAUUUGGAGUCUUUGGAGCACUUCUUGUGUCAUCAACAAGUUAUGGAGUGUACCUGUAUUACACCAACCAAAAACCUAGACACCCAAUACUUCUGUGCUUCUCCAUCAUUGAAAAUGGACGAAAAAUCUUCAAAACUUCAUCAACUGGUGACCAAUUGACUUGCAUUCAUGGAAUGAAGGCUUUAAGCAUGAUGUGGGUGAUGUACGGCCACGAGUACAGCAGCACCUUGUUGUAUUCGGGGGUGGACAACUACAAGAGCCUUUUGGAGUUUGCUGAUCAAAAGGAAAACAUGUACAUUUUAUCAGCACAACUUUCAGUCGACUCGUUUUUCGCCAUUGGUGGCUUACUGUCAGUCUACGUUUAUCUGAAGUCUUUGGAGCAGGGGAAGGAGUUCAAUUUGGUCAUUUAUUACCUUCACAGAUUUAUAAGGUUGACACCUGCUUUGGCUGCCACAGUUUUAUUCAACGCCACUUUAAUUAGACAUUUAGGAGAAGCCCCAAUUUGGGGGGCAGUCUGGGAGUUCUCUCAACCCUGUCAGAAAUAUUGGUGGUCGACUUUGCUUUACAUUCAAAAUUUUGUUAACAUAAGUCACUUUUGCAACUCCCCAACUUGGUACCUUUCUGCUGACAUGCAGUAUUACAUUUUGUCACCACUAAUUCUUUACCCCCUAUCCAGGUGGCCUAAAACUGGUCUUUGUAUUUUGAUGUUUUGUACAAUUUUGGGGUGCAUUGUACCUUUUACAAUUACCUAUGUGUUGGAUCUUCCUGUUUCCACCCUCACAAAAGAAAAAGAAAAAUUGGGGAUAUUCUCGAUCUACUUUUACUACCAAAGUUACGCCAGAUUUGGUCCUUACGUGAUAGGUAUGAUUUUCGGCUACGUCUUGUAUAAAUUAAAACGAACUGAAAACUGUAAGAAGGUGUUGAAACGAAAUGAAAUCUUGGCUUUUGCCGGCGUUUGGAUAUUAAUUUUGUGGGCAGUCAUCGCCUGCACGUACGGUGGUGCAGAUGUUGUUUUAGGGCUUCCAUCAAAAUUGUCACGUGCUUUCUUUAAUGGUUUUAAUAGGAACGCCUGGGCUGUUUUGGUGUCACUUGUUAUUGUACUUUGCUCCUUAGGAUAUGGAGGCCCUAUUAAUAAGUUUUUGUCAAUUGGUGCCUUUCAGUUUUUGUCAAAAAUAUCUUACAGUAUGUAUUUACUGCAUUAUAGUGUAAUUGGUGUGAGAAUGAUGAGGAAAAAGACUCUUUUCCAUUACUCUUGGUACGAUGUUAUGAAUAGAUUUUGGAUUGAUUUUGUGACAAUCAUAUUCUUCUCUAUUCUUUUAUGUGUUACAUUCGAAUCACCUAUUAUAAUUAUUGAAAAAUACAUUUUUGGAAAACGUAAGAAAACUGAUAAAACAUCAAAAAACAACUCAACUUAGAAGAGUUUUAACAUAAAUUAUUUUAUUUAUUUAUUAUUUUAGAUGUAAUAAUUGUAAUUGAUGUAAUUAAUGUAAACAAUUAAUUAAUUGUUCUUAUUACACUGACUUGUUUUACAAUUUUAAAAAUAUCCAA